GGAAGGAUGUGUAAUUGGAUUUUUAUGUUGGGGAUAUAAAGGAUUAUUAGAAGUUAUUAUGAAAUUAUGUAAAAGACAAGGUAAAGCUGGUUCGGAAGACAUUAUUACUUUUAAAUGUUUCAAAGAUGAAAUCGAAUUUGGGUUAAUUAUUAUCACUAGAAGUUAUACGAGACGAGAUGUUUGCCCAAAUAUAAUCAAAGUUCUGCAAAAUUAUGGAUGGUAUAGGAAAGCUCAAAUCGAAAUUCCUGAUAAGGCUAUACCGAAGCUGGACAUUAUGGGCGAAGGUGAAGCGAUUUCGGACACAAUUUUCUCAUUCCAACGUGGUUAUCACGUUUGA